AUGAAGUCAAACAGGAUCAGGGAUGAAAAUGUUUGGAGCUGCGAUGUGGAUAGAGCAAAAUCUUGGACAUGGCGCGCUCUCCUCCACCUGCGGUACUUGGCCUCUCGAUUCAUAAGGGCUCGGGUUGGCAAUGGUCGACUGAUCAGCUUCUGGUGGGAUAUUUGGACACCUUUCGGUAAACUCAUUGAAUAUUUCGGACCUGAUGGUCCUCGAGAGCUGUCUAUCCCUAUUCAGGCAUCCAUCUCCACCGCUUGCAACUCUGAGGGGUGGAUCGUACGCGGGGCAAGGUCGCCUGCUGCUGAGACGCUUCAGAUAUUCCUUACCACGCUUCCACUCCCCUCCCUUGUAAGUGAAAAUGACUCUUUUGUUUGGCUUGUUAACGACACUGCUCUAGAAAGUUUCUCGGUCAAACGAACUUGGGAAGUCCUGCGUCACAGAGCUCCGACACAACCUUGGUCCUCUUGUAUCUGGUUCAAAGGUGCGAUACCCCGCCAUUCCUUCAAUAUGUGGCUAGCUCAGCUAGACAGGCUACCCACAAGAGCUCGUCUAUCCCAAUGGGGCACCAAUUUCCCAUCAUCUAGCUGCCUCUGUAAUAUCUAUACAGAAGACAGAGAUCAUCAUCUCUUCUUUCGCUGCGAAUGGAGUGCUGAUCUCUGGAAUAUCUGUCUGCGCAGAAUGGGAUACUCCUUUGCGGGAUUCCACACGUGGUUAGCCUUCUCCGAGUGGCUUAGCUUGCGUGAUAUAUUUGUCCCUAGGUUACUCAAGCGCCUAGUGGCCUCAGCAACAAUCUACUCAAUUUGGUCUGAAAGGAACAAGCGUUAUCAUGAUAACAUAUCAUCGUCUCCAACAACCAUCUUCAAGCUACUAGACCGUUUCAUUAAAGAUGCAAUUCUGUCCAAGAGAGAUCAAAAACAGAGUUGCGGACUAAUGCAACACUGGCUUUCUAGGGAGUGA